AGAGCUUUACUCUGCCGGCAACGCCAGCACCAAGUGACCAAAGAAAUGUUUCCUGAAGCCCUCUACUAUCAGAGAAGGACUUGGGCAGUUUUCCAUAACCUGCAGGAGCUGAGGCACAGUGCAUCACUGGUAACAAAGGUGUUUGUGCAGAGAGAUUACAGCCAAGGAACCGUCUGCCGCUUCCAGACCAAGUUCCCCUCAGAGCUCGACAACAGGAUUGAGCGUACCUUGCUGGAGGAGACGGUGAAGACCCUGAACUCUUAUUAUGUCGAGGCUGAGAAAAUUGGAGGUCAGUCGUACCUGGAAGGAUGUCUGGCCUGCGCUACAGCGUACAUCGUCUUCCUCUGCAUGGAGACGCGCUACGAUAAGGUAUUGAAGAAGAUAUCAGCCUACAUCCAGGAGCAGAAUGAGAAGAUCUACGCUCCUCGAGGUCUGCUGCUCACCGACCCCAUAGAGAGAGGAAUGAGGGUUCUGGAGAUCAGCCUCUUCGAAGACCGGGGCUCGGGCAGCUCCAGUCCCAGCAGCAGCAUGUCGUCAGCCGCCAGCAGCGCCCGGUGACUGGAGGGGCAGCGCCAGGCUUACGGGUACCACCACAGGGGCAGCGGGACACUCACCAACAUCCGCAUGCUGAAACAUGAGAGCACCAGGUUCUAAGAGAAGAGGAGAGAACAAAGGCAAGGAGGUGAUCCACAGCGUUCACACUCUCCCUGCUGGAGAGGACGCACCACCACGAGAUCAGGAGCUGGCUCGCACAAACACACUGGAUAUGCAACAGAAUCAACACAAGUACAACACAGCCCACACAUAGGCAGCAGACACAUGUACAAGCCAACAUCCGGAGUGUCUGCGAGGGAAUAGAUUUCCCUUUCCGACCUAAAAUAAUCCAUUUUUUUUACGUUGUCCAAUUUUUCCAUUCACCUUUUCUCUCAUUCCUUCACGUCUGUUUCCAUGAGUCACACCAUCUCUGUGGUGAAGCUGAUUCCGCCGGCUUAAACCUGAUUAGACUGGACGUCAAUGCUUGAUUGGUUUCAGGGGGGUCACUGUCACUGCGACAUAUCUGCUGACGCACUGGUUGUGUAGAGUCGGGUCUGUGCUGCAGCUCUGAACUCUGGAAGGAGGGAAAGUACCAAACCCCCCCGGGGGAGGACCAAUGUUCUCUCCUCUCACUGAAUGAUUGCAUUUCAUGUAAGGUGGUUUGGGUCAAGCUGCUUUGAAUGCUGGCAAAUUGGGCCUUCUGUGGGACGAGGCGGGUCCAUGCUCCGUUCUCAUGCUUUUGGCUUCGGCAUCAAACAGCUAACAGAGAGCACCUUGGAUUAUUUAUCCUCCUCAUCCACAGCAGUGGAUACGGGUGAUCCACAUCACAGCUGCAGGUCACACACUCACUCGCACGCACACAUGCACACAAAUGCACAUAACCCUCAGUUGCUCAUACAGACACAUGCUAGGGAGGGAACAUGCACGCACAUAUGCACUCCAGUGGCAAGUGGCCAUGCAUUACACACACACACACACACACACACAGAUUCUGGCAGAGAUAGAGUCAACCUACACAGACAGUGCUCUAUAUGGUCCAAGCUCAUUAAAAGCCCGACCAGAUCUAGUCCCUGUUGAGUGUGUACUAGUUUCCCUGGUAGUGCGCACGUAAUGUACAUGUGUCUGAUGUGCACGUGUCACAGCUUUCCCUCUCGCUGAUCAUUAAGGAGCCAGGGGAAGCGGAGAGCAAGGAUCAGUGCAGUAAAUGACAAACCCACGUUCUGAGAACACUGAGACUGUGGGGGUUGUUAUCUCCACAGCUCUAUGGUUAAUGACAGGCGUACACUUAUAGGGUUGUGUAGGAAUGUCCGCCCACACACAGUUUGGCACCUUAACGAUUAUUAUUCUGUACGGCUCCCAUGCAGGUACAUUUUUUUCAAUUGUGCAAAAUGAAAACAACAAUGAUUAUGCACACACCAACUUGGGGAUCAAUGAGAGAUGAAAUAUUCACAUUUAGAGUUUCCCCAUUUAUUAGUGCUACCUGUCAAUUAACACUUCUUUAUUACCAGAAAUACAGGGAUCUGCUUAUGUGUCAUUUUGUCGGUGAAACACAGUUGUAGCUCCCUCUAGGGUCGAAAUGAGGAAGUUCUGGAUUGAGGGUUGUAUGAUUCAAUUAAUUUGUUACUCCGUAAUGCAACAAAUAUUCAUCCAAAACUCCUUACUCCCUCUGCUCUGUGCUUUUCUAAAACAAUAUCCUCAGUCCACACACACACAAGUUGCUGCAGCCGGAGGAGCAGAAACUCAGCGUCUCCUGGUAGGAACUGGUGCAUCCUGUCCGGCUGAGUCUCAUGUGCGGAGGCUGAUGAGACAAAAGAUUAUCAUAAUGGAUGAAAAUAUGCUGAAGCCAGACUACAGCACACCCACACAGUGUCUAAUGAAAGAGCUUUCACAGUUUCCCUGUAACCCCUUAUUUAUGUUGCCACAGUUUCUUUCUUCAUCUUUCAUUGACCUCUUUUAGUUUUUUAUCAUCUCAUGUCAUAUCAUGCAUCUUAAUAAACUCUGGUAGUGUGACACUUUCUUUAAACACAUAUAUAAAGACGAGCAAAACCCUCAGCAGAGCCUCGGCUUUACAACCGACCUCUACUUUCACCAGAGAAGUGACACGUUGAAGUUAAACUAUUCACUCGGAGGUCAUUGAGGUACAGAACGUUUUUGACUUCCAUCCAGUGUGAUAGUUUAAUUUCAACCUAUAUUUACACUUGCUUGGAUGAGAUGAACUGACACUGACAUUUUCCCACAGCAGCCGAGUUCUAGUUGUGCCUGUGUUCAGCCUCCUGUGCUUCAAGAUGCCUUCAUGUUUCAUCCCAGUGGAACGGAUACCCAACCUGGGGCUGAUGGACUGAUUCAUUUAAUAUGGACUCGACACUGCCAAUAAGCCAAUAAAGGAGCUCAUUGGACAUUGUACAAAGAAAAACAAGAAACAAAGAGUGUAUAUGAACUGUACAGUAGAGGAGCUGUACCGUACAAGCUUGUCAAUAUUUAUCCAGUCUAAAGAGGUGGAUGGAAAUGCCAUUAAGCUGUUUACUUCAAAAACAUUAUUCGUUGGCCAGCGUAAGUUCCUGUUUUUGUUUGGGCAUUAAAUCACAGAGCAGCUAUGAAAGCAGAUAAUCUGUUCAGCCAUGAGCUGCUGUGUGGUUUCCUCUGCACAUGAAGAUGAUGUUUUAUUUUGUGUUGCUAAUGUAGCUCAUGAUAUUGUUAGUAAUAAUACUGAAAUCUCGUAUGAUGAUGAUGAUGAUCCUCAGGUGAAGGCCUGUGUAUAUAAGGUGUCAUAUUCAAAGGCAGGUCAGUGUUUUUAAAUAACCAACGAAAUAUCUUUACCUGUUGGAUUAGCACAAAAUCCACAAUUCCCAGAUAUAGAUUAUCGAUGUUUCAUUGGACAUUUGUGGUUCUGGAUGAAAUGUCACCCAGAACCAUUGGACCGAAUGCCAUAAAAUGUGGUUAAUUGUUGCUAACAGGAUGAAUUUAACUUAACUUUAUUUUGUCCAAAACACUGGUUUAUGACCAAAUACCUGAAAAACUAAUGACUUUCACUUGCUAAGAUAUCAUUGACAAUGUCAAGACGGUAACAUGUAAACAUUAGCAUUUAGUUUACUAUGUAUUGAGACACCACCAUGGGAUAUUUAGCCUAUCUACUUUGAAAUAAUAGGAAAAACUCCAGGAUAAAUGUCCACAACAACCAUUAACUCUUUCAGUGACUCUUUAAAUGACCAGAUUAAAGAUAUAUCUGAACCUAUCCUUAAAGACUGAAAAAGAUUGAGGUGAUAUGUACCAUAUUACGAAGCGUUAUAUAGCUUGUUCUUCCAGGAAAUACUUCUUUGAUUAAUGAAGACAAUCGAUUGGAGUUAAGAUUAUGAGAUGGUAGCAAAUGUAUUCUCAUAAAAAAGAUUUGUAUAUUUUUUUGAUAAAGGUACAUUAUUACUGCGCAGAUUUAACUCUGGGUCCUUGAUCCUCCAUCAUCCUGAGUGUCAGGAUAGGAGCAAUAAAAGCUGCAGUCCAACUGAUGAUGUAUCGGUAUAUAAAUCCUCACAUGCCAUAUAUUUAUCCUGUACUGUAUUUUAAAGUGCAGCAGGUCUGUGGAGUCACCAGAUUGCGGCACACUGUUUGUAUGUUAUGCUGUUUCAAGUGGUGGUAAAGUAUAAGAUGUCUUCCUAAAAGUAAAAAAGAUGGUGAACUCUUUUGCCUCGGGGAGAUGAACUGCAUUGAUGUUUAAUGCUGCAUGAUGUGUGAGUAAACUAAGUGACUACCAGAUGAUAAAGAGUCAGAUCCCUGACGUCCCUCAGCCAUGCUGCUGGGAGAGAGGAAUAUUACAUCUUGAUGCUGUUUAUAUGUUUAAAUCAGAUUAUUUACAUAUUAAUUAACAUGGAUUCAUGUCUUUUUUUUUAUCUUGAAGCUGAUCAUUAUUAAUAGUAAAGUAUUGAAAGAA